AUGAUUGAUGUACCAAACAGCCUCGGCAAUGUACUGUUUCUUGGUGUCUGCAUUCCAGCCGUAUUCGUUACUCAUAACGUCAGCAACUUCGUCAACACAGGCCAGGGCUGUUUUGGAGUCCAGGAAGGCCAAUCUGCACCGUCUGGCCAAGAAGUCCAGGGGUCUUCUGGCGUACUCGUAUCUCAUGGCAUAUUUGAGCUCUCCGAUGGUGAACGGAUGGUCAAAAGUGGCAUAAGUUGGGUGGUCACCCAAACCGAGCGGCUUGGCAUUUUCUGGGUCCUUGAACAGGUCGAUGAUAACUGGAGCACGGUCUCCGUAGUUAUGGGCCAGAUGGGUGGCCAGUUUAUCGGUCAAUCUGUAGUGUUGAGCCAAUCUGGCAGCCAGAGAGAUCUCGUAGUUCUCUGCACCAACGAUUUUGAAGUCUUUGGUGGAACAUGGCUUUGGGUUCUUGGCUUGCAACUCAGGAGUGCUGUUGAUGGUCUCGGUGACAACUUCCUGAGCCAUUUCUCUAUAAGUGGUCCAUUUACCUCCGGAGAUGGUGAUCAGGCCGUUUGGAGACUUGAAGAUCAAGUGGCUUCUAACAAGUCCUUGAGUGGACUUCAUGUUCUCGCUAGUGACCGUGGUUGGGUCUCUGACCAAAGGUCUGACACCACACCAGGCACUCAAGACGUCUUCUCUCUUGACCUCGAAUUUAACAUAGUGUUGCAACUCUUUCAGAAUGUCGUUGAUCUCAAACUCCGAAGCAACAGGGUUCUCUGGAACUCUAUCCAAAGGAACGUCGGUGGUUCCAGCAAGAACCUUGCCCUGCCAUGGAAGGAAGAACAUGACUCUACCGUCAGAGGUAGAAGCAUCUAA